UAUUCUGGCUGUUUUGUUCGUGUUUUUUCACUUGAAUUAAGAGAAACUAUUAUCGGAUUCAUUCAACAAUUUAGUGCCUUGGGUGUUGAUAUAAAGUUGCCAUAGACAUGCCUAGGAGGGCUCCAUCAUUGUGUUUCUCUAUUGCGGAGUUUCAUUCGAAACUUCUGAGUCUGAGUACUGCCGUGGGAUUCUAUUCUGCGUUAUCGCAAGUGCUACAACUAGAGGAAGCUGGUUCGAACACCGAGGUCGUCCAUCUAUCUGUAGCAUCGAAUGCGGUACUUCUGGAGGCCCAGACUCCGCUAUGUCAGCGCGCUGAUGAACUUUAUGAUCUCAUCAGCCUGCAUUUGUUGCCUUCCUCAGAUUCCCUGCCACCGCAAUGUACACACGUGCAGUGUGGAUCGCAGAUAUGUAUUGUAGAGGGCACAAAGGAUAGGUUUUGCUUGUGUUGGCGUUUCGUUCCGUUGGUAUACACUGAAAAUACCUGUAAGUGUGGUUAUAUUCUCAGAGAUCCGACAGUUCCCAAAAUUGAAACUGUUUGGGUUUCGGAUCUGGAAGACGGUGAUCGCGGCGAGUCCGAUUCUGACCUAUAAUCGCUAGAUCCUUCGAUUGGUCCUCUGUGCUACCUUAACAUCUCUUUUCCAUUUUAUAUUUAUAUAUGCUUUUGUAUUGAAUACAUUUUUCUUUUCUUUUUUACAAUUUUGUAUGUUGGACUAGCGGCAUAGUUAACUUUGUUUUCUCAUAUGUUCUGUUGUUUGAUUCUAUGUCGUUAGUUUAAAGAUGUGUC